CUUUAUAGAUAUGCAUCCUAAUUUAUUUUUUAUUUUUUUUGAUGUAGACAUAAACAUGAACACAAAUAAUUCAUAGACGGCAGCCACAAACAGAAACCAAAUCAUCCCUACCUCGUCGGUUCGAUCUUCGCAUCCUCCAUGGCUUCCCCUCUUGAGGAAAACCUUAAUCCUAUUCCUUCCUUUGUCAACUUGAAACUAUACUCUUUCUGGAGGAGUUCAUGUGCUUGGCGUGUCAGGAUUGCACUUAAUCUCAAAGAGUUGCCAUAUGAAUAUAAAGCAGUGAAUCUAUCAGAAGGCGAGCAAUUUAUUGAAGAUUAUACAGAACUGAAUCCUAUUCAGUUUGUUCCAACUUUGGUGGAUGGCAACACAACUGUUGCAGAUUCACUUGCCAUAUUGCUGUACUUGGAGGACAAGUAUCCUGCGCAUCCACUUCUCCCAGAUGAUCUUCAAUUAAAAGCAAUCUGCAUGCAGGUGACUCUGAUUGUUGGGUCCAGUAUACAGCCUUUUCACCUCACGGUUCGAAGAAUGAGGGACAAACUUGGACCAGAGGAGCAGAUAGCAUGGACUAAAUAUUUCAUUGAGAGAGGUUUCUUUGCAUUGGAGACAUUGCUGAAGAACGUUUCUGGGAAGUAUUGCAUAGGAGACCAAGUAACUUUGGCAGAUGUUUUCCUUGCUCCACAAGUUUCUAGUGCAGCAGCACGUUUUGAUGUUGAUGUGUCAAAGUUUCCAACUCUGAACAAGAUCAAUCAAGCAUUGGUUGAAUUGCCAGAAUUUCAAGCUGCAGUACCAGAAAAGACUCCCGAUUACAUUUCAUAAUUAUGCAAUUCAUUGCAGUAUCAGAAAUAUGUAUUAUUGAAAGAGGACAUACAAACCAUUGUUCAAAAAUAAUUUAAAAUAUAUUUGCAACUCAAUAUAUAUAACUUGGACCAUUAUUUAUUAUAUAGCCUACUAAAAUAAUGUUCAGCAAACAUAGAAAAACUAUUAUAUAACAUUGAACUUCAUGCUUUUCUAGUUACA